AUGUACAACCCCCCAACAAGUCAUCGGACCUGUCAAUCAAGCGGUCGGCGCCUUUGAAGCCGGGACUCCUCGCCUUGUCUUGGGCUCAAAUGAGCUGUUUGCUGUUGUAGCGAAACAUUGGUCUUCCACCAAGCAACCAGCCGGGGAACGACGCCACAUCUCAACUUUUUCUCUGCAUGUGGUGGGGCGAACAUUUCCCUACUGUCUUCUGGAGGCGCUCCACACUUGAGGAUACUAUUUUACUGAGAAAGUCACUUCUUUAUUCAUACUUUUUUAAAAACAUUCUUUACAAGAGGAGGUGGGGGCAAAAAGUCCAAGGUGAGGGAAGUAGUCAUGCCUCAGCUCAGUAGCGGCGGAGGAGACGACCUGGGAGCGAAUGAUGAGAUGAUAGCGUUCAAAGACGAAGGAGAGCAGGAGGAGAAAACCCAGGAGAACGCGUUCACGGAGCGAGACCUGGCCGACCUCAAGUCCUCUCUGGUGAACGAGUCGGAAAUAAAUCAAAGUCCGACCUCGGCGGCGGUCAGACGGGGACACCACGGCGAGCAGAGGGUCUUCCAGGACAAACACCGAGAGCAUCUCGACGGAGUGUCGAAGCAACAAGAUGGAGGCAUGUACAAGUCGCCGGCGUAUCCCGGGUAUCCGUUCCUGAUGCUGCCGGACCCUUACCUCCCCAACAGCUCGGUUUCUCCAUCUUCCAACAAAGUGUCUGUGGUUCAGCAAUCCCACGGGAUGCACCCGCUGACGUCCCUGCUGCCCUACAGCAACGACCACUUCAGCCCCAGUCCGCCUCACCUGCCCACAGACAUGAGCCAGAAGACAGGCGUUCACAGGCACCAAUCCCAGGACCUCUCAGGGUACUACUCCCUUCCUCCAGGUGGCGUUGGCCAGAUCACUCCCUCCAUGAGCUGGCAGAGCCAGCCGGUCUACCCGGCCCUGUCCCCUUGUGGAUUCAGGCAGCCCUACUCCUCCAGUCUCCCCAGCGCAUCGUCCUACUCCAGGUUCCCUCACUCUUUGAUGCUCGGACCGUCGGGCGUGCAUCCAACAGGGAUCCCCCAUCCGGCUAUAGUGCCCUCUUCAGGCAAGCAGGAGCAUGAUCAGUACGACAGAGGCAUGUACAUGAAGCCGCAGGUGGAGGUCAAGCGGGAGAAGGAGCCCAAGAAACCGGUCAUCAAGAAGCCGCUGAACGCCUUCAUGCUCUACAUGAAGGAAAUGAGGGCAAAGGUCAUCGCCGAGUGCACGUUAAAGGAGAGCGCCGCUAUCAAUCAGAUUCUGGGACGAAGGUGGCACGCUCUGACCCGGGAGGAGCAGGCCAAAUAUUACGAGUUGGCCCGGAAAGAGAGACAGCUCCACAUGCAGCUCUACCCGACCUGGUCUGCUAGAGACAACUACGAGGCGGGCCUUAGCGGGGUCGCAGGGGAAAAGAGUAAAGCUGAUUGGGGCAAGAAGAAAAGGAGAAAACGGGAGAAGCAGCAGGACUCCAACACAGACCCGGGCUCUCCUAAGAAAUGCCGGGCUCGCUUCGGCCUCAACCAACAAACGGACUGGUGCGGUCCCUGCAGGAGGAAAAAGAAGUGCAUUCGCUACCUUCAAGGAGGAGGCUGCCCCAGCCCAUCUUCUUCAGAUCUAAGUGCUAUAGACUCGCCCCCGUCCCCGUGUCCCGCGCGCCUCCGCCUCUACCGGCAGGCGCCCCCGUCCCCGCGCGGCUCCCCGCCGCCCUCCCCCUCCACGCGCCGCUCCUCACACACGCGCUCGCACCCUCGCUUCCCGUCGGAGCAGUCCGCCGGCAAGCGGGCCGACCUCUGCCACCUCGUCCCGACCGCGACCCUGGAACUGUCGGCCAAGCAGACGCUGUGCUCCUCGGCGCUGUCCGCCGCCAAGGUGGCGGGACUUUCUCUCAAAGUGCUAACAGAGACUCACUGAUCGCCGCGGCCCUCCCGCCUCGCUACUCUCCUCCUCGGCUCCCCCAAAGGAAGGAAGAUCCUCCUGGUCGCCUCCCUUCACCUUUCAUCCUCCAGUCGUGAUUUUCCAAAAGUUUCCGUUUCCACCGUAGCGACAUGAGAACAACACGGCUAAAGCUGUUCACCUUGUGCUUAACGCUUCAGAGGCCUGUCACAAUUACUAAUAAAUCCACAGCUCUCAUGUGACGUCACUUCCUGGAACUUCAUAGCUGACAGCCAUCUUGGUAGGCAGUUGCUAUGACAACAACAAACAAGCCACAAGCUUAGAAUUAGCUCUCGCCUUGUUGCGACAAGGCGUCAGCUAAGCUACAUUAGCUUAGCUAACGUAGCUUUUAUCGGCUAAGACGGACAUGUAGCCUACGUACAUGUACUCACUCUGCCAGUCACCAGAACCUUGUUCUUCACCUGAAGAGUUCUUACGUCCUUUAUAAAUCCGUUUAAACAUCGACUGUCUGAAGCUCCUCCAUGCUGAAACACUUCCUGUUCACUAAUUAGUGAAUUCUGUCACAGCGGAUCGGAAGCAGCUUCUCCACAUCGUCUGACGUGUUUCCAUCCCAUCAGCUACAUUUUGUUCACAUUUUUUUCUUGCAUGUCGGUCAGGAGUGUCUAUAAACUUUCAUUUUGUUAAUUUCGAAGCCAGGUGCUUGCCUACCAAGAUGGCGGCGAUCACUUCCAGGUCAGACUUGUGGAACGAUAAAUUGUCCCAGAAGUUAUUGCAAUAAAUGAUGAUAUUCUUGUUUUGAGACCAUUAACAACCUAAACAACGGUAAUGGCAUAAUAAUAAUAA